GGCCCCUUCUGCAUACCUGUCCUGUCCACCACUCCUAGCUAGGCGCUGCGCUAUACGAGUAUACGAGCACACACUACCUCGACUACCUACAAACCAAGCCUAGCCUGCCUCGGCCUGCAUCCAAACUGACCGGCUCCUGCGCCGACGAUGCCCCGAUCCCGAAUAAUAUACCCACCGGCGUCAUCGUUCUAGGCGCUACACUACUCGUAUCAUAUAAUUCUCACUUCUCAAAUCCAGACAUCUUUUCUCCAUGUCUUUGGGAAAUCCUUUACAACCUCCCCGCUAAAGUCCAUAUAAUCCCAAUGGCAAUGGCAAUCCCACAAUUAUCUCGGUGUGCGAGACCGCGCAUCAUUACGCAAGACCUCCGUCGAAUCCCCGGCCAAUUUUCCCAAGCGCAAUACAUCGCACGAUCCCACAAAACUCGAGGCUUCUCCUACACCUCACCCAAGUACUCCCAGAAGGGUCCCAACUAUAGAGAAUCUUUUGGGACACGGCUGAAACGGGCUUUGGGCGAGACAAAGAUUAAGUGGUAUCCAAUUCCCGUGGGCGUGGGGAUAGGAUUCUUGGGCCUGGCCCAAUUGUACAGAAUAAACGAACGAGAAAAGGACCGUCUGCGAGAAGAAACGUGGGAUAAAGACAAUUAUGCUGGAAACGGGAACGGAGAGGGCGUUGAGGGGAGACCCAAGAGACGAGAGAGAAUAAGACCCACGGGACCUUGGUUGGUAGCCACACAUACUUAGGAAGAAGUUCUGAGCUGAUUGAGUGAUAGGCAAGUUCAAGUGAUGUCAACGCUGCCAUUAAAAGCCAUCUCAAGAUUAUGGGGUAGAUUUAAUGAGCUCGAGAUUCCCUACUAUCUACGAGUGCCGGGUUUCAAGUUAUAUUCAUUUAUUUUUGGCGUCAAGUAUGAAACCUCCCAAUACUGCAAUUACAACGACAAUUAACAUAACCUAGUCUUUCUGAGGUCUCGGAGCCAGAUCUCCACAUAUACCCCAAUCUUGCUUCAUUUUUCUAUCGAGCCCUCAAACCAGGCUCAAGACCCCUCGAUCCUAAUCCCAAUGCUCUUCUAUCUCCCUCUGACGGUCGAGUCCUCCAAUUCGGUCAGAUUGUUAGUGGUGAGGUUGAACAGGUCAAGGGUAUGACAUAUAGCCUUGAUGCUCUCCUAGGAACUGAUAAGCCGGAAACUUCUCCUAACUCGUCAAGUCCCUCAAAUAUUUUCGUACCAAAAGAGGGGCCACCCGCACAGAGUACCGCAACCCAUCGCGAAGGCGAUCAAGAAGUCAUAAAGCAAGACGAAGAAUUUGCCACGGUGAAUGGAAUAUCAUACACAUUGCCAAAUCUAUUUUCCGGUCCACCGCAAAAACAAGGCGGCAAAAAGACUAGUGAUGCAUCCACCAAACCUAGGGUAGAUUCAGAGGCCGAAGUUCGUGCGGAUCUCGCUCUGAAUGAACGUCCUUGGUAUUCCCUCAAGCCGGAAAACCGUACUGCACUUUAUUAUGUUGUCGUCUAUUUGGCACCAGGAGAUUAUCAUCGUUUCCAUUCGCCAACUGCAUGGGUUGCUGAGAAGCGAAGACACUUUGCGGGUGAGCUAUAUAGUGUUUCACCAUACCUUCAACGAACUUUACCCGGCCUUUUUACACUCAACGAAAGAGUAGUUCUUCUAGGGCGUUGGAGAUGGGGCUUCUUCUCGUACACACCCGUUGGUGCGACAAAUGUUGGUUCUAUCAAAAUCAACUUUGAUAGAGAACUACGUACCAAUUCCUUGACUACAGACACUGCUGCUGAUCGAGCAGCUGAAGAAGCAGCUAAGCGUGGUGAACCGUAUAGUGGAUUCGCAGAAGCUACAUACGAGGCAGCAAGUCCAAUCCUGCACGGUCAUGCACUCCGUAGAGGAGAAGAAAUGGGUGGCUUCCAACUUGGAAGCACCGUUGUAUUAGUAUUUGAAGCCCCCAAAGGAGAGAGACCUAGUCUUGACGAAGGGUGGAUGGGCGAAAAGACUAAAAUCAAAGGAGGCUGGAAUUGGAAUGUCGAGAAAGGACGAAGAGUUAAGAUGGGUCAGGCUAUAGGUUGGGUAGAUGAAUCAUGA